UUGUUCCUCUGGGGGACGACAGCAAGUCAGCAACGCUUCCUGUCCAGCGGUCAGGCCGGGCGCUCGGGCCAAGGCUCGGGCCAUCAAGUCAGGUGGGUGCGUUCUGUGACUUCAGGCACGAACGACGCGCGAGCACGAGCCUCCAGCGCUCUGCUCAUUGACAUAACACAGCAGCGUUCCACAUCGCCUGCGCGGGGCUUGCUCGCGAGCAUUCACGAAUCCCAGCAAGCGGUUGGUUUCAUAACUGCAACACAGCUGGUAUAAGAGACCGCGGGGUUGCACUAAUUGGCAUUUAAAUAUAUAUACAACAGCAACUGGCUCCAAUGACAUGACGCAGUGGAGCUCCUAGUGCGUGGCCAGACUGUUUUGUGGUCAGCAAGCUGCUCCAGGCGCAGCUCCUCAUUGCCAGAGAGGCUGCCCUUUAGAGCUUGUGCAUUGUGCCUGCCCGAUGGAGCCCGGGAACGCGGACUUGCCAUAUUUCCUGGACUCCAUCGUGGCCGAUUUUCUGCGCCUGCUGCAUGCUGUCGACACGUUCCCGCGGGGUGGGCUCUACUCGGGCUAUUACGCCAUUCAGGCAGCGCAGCGCUAUGAGCGCUACUGGACCGCGGUGUUAAGGGUUCAGCCCAUGGGCAAGGGCAGUGCGGCAAUCCUGCCUCCGCUGGAUGUGGCGUACGCAUGGCUGGUUCACCGGCAGGACCCGGCCGGCUACAAGUCCGCCAUGACGGCCCUCGGCGUGGCCAAGCCGCACCCCGCCAGUGCGGAACAGGCUUUUGGGUUCUCAAUCGACUGCGCGGACCGGACGGAGUGGAAGAAGGUGGCGGGGGAACACCCACAAUGGCCGCCGCCGGCCCCGGGCUCCAGCUAUGGUGUAGAGAGCGAGUGUCGGACAUGCACCAGCAGUUUCCGCAACGCCGCCGUGGACCUGGCCAACGCCAUGGUCCACUUUUCGCGGCUGCUGCACACCUGGAUGCGGCCGCACUUCCUGGACAGCGCCUUCCUGCAGCGCGCGUGGGGCAGGUUCUCCAAGUUCCUGCGCCUGCACAUAGCGUACCCGCAAGAGGUGCUGGUGCCGGCGGCGGACAUCGCACUCAUCUGGCACACCUACCUCGGCCUGAGCGACAAGUACGCGGAGAUGUGGGUGCUGAUGUUCAAACGCCUGCAAAAGGACAGCCCGCUGCAGCAGCUGCCGGCGGAGCUGUGGCGGCCCGACUACCUAGCCCUGUCGCCCGACAUGCGAGCUGAAGCGUACGGCAGAACCGCGGUGCUGUACCAGCAGAUGUACGGCGAGCCGUACAACGACCCGGAUACGGCGUGGAUUGCGCCCGAGGUGCCGUACCCGCUGGCGGCACCGUACAGCCCAAUUGCGCCGCUGCUGCAGGCGUUGGAGGACGCCCCGAAGCCGAGUGCGCACUACCUGGGCACAGAGCGGGCAGAGACGUUGUUUGGCAAGGGCCAGUCCUGGGCCAGCGCAAAGGUGCCGCGCGCCGGUGCACACGCGCUCUACCUCGCCUGGCUCAUGUCGAGCCGCGCCGAGCACUACUAUGACAACGCGGGGUACCAGCGGUGCUGCCUGCCGAGGAAGAUUGUGCACACCAAGGCUUUGUCCCAUGUCCCCACGGCCGUCGCGGCGGUGGUGUCGUGCGCCUACUUCCUGGACCUGCCCGCAACAUCCAAGCACCCCUACCUCCGGUGCAUCAACGUCAGUAACAGGCAGUGGAAGCCGCCGUACAGCGCGACGGCGGCGGCGGCCAGCAGUAGUUUCGCCGCCGGGCAGCAGCCGCCACAGCCGCCACCGCCGUCGCCACAGUCGUCGCAGGCGCUGCAGCAGCAGCCCAUUGCCGGCGGCGGCUUCUCGCCGACCGAUGUGGAGCUGCUCCUGCGACCCAGCAGCCAGGAACACCUGCUGAUCGGGCUGAAUCAGCUGCUGCAACUGGAUGGCGGCGGCGGCAGCAGCAGUGGCGGCAAAGGUGGCGGCAACGGUGGCGGCGGCAAAGAUGGCGGCGGCGGAUCAGGUGCAGCAGGGGCCCGGGGCAGUGUGGCGCUGCUGUGGAGCAUCCUAGGCGACAAGGCCGCCGCGUAUCUCGCGCAGCUGCUGUUCAAGGGUGCCUGGCAGAGGGCGAUUGCCACCAGUGUGGGGCACAUGCAGCGGGAGUAUGCGCACAAGAAGUUCAACGCACGUGACCGUGACUGCGUGCACUACUACGGCACAACUGACUACUACCACGCAGGCAUGCUGUACUACAUGUAUGGGGCGGAUGGCUACGCCUUCGAUGACCCGCGGCGCAAUCAGUUCGAUGGAUCCAUUAUGGCCGUGGGCGGCGGUGAUGGCGGCGGCGGCGGCGGCGGUGGCGGUUGGGGUGGCGGCUGGGGCGGCGGUGGGGGAGGCGAUGGCGGCGGUGGCAGUGGCUGCGGCGGUGGUGGAGGUGGUGGUGGCUGCGGUGGUGGCUGCGGCGGUGGUGGCUGAGGAGGUGGCGAUGGCGGCGGCCAUGUAAACCGGCUUACUGUGGCUGGCGGAAUGUGCGUGGGUUGCUGCAUGCGAGUCCCCAUGUUGCAAGCAGGGGAGAAGGUUGCAUGCAAGCAUGCACGCUAAACGCGUUACGUACAAAGUGAUGCAAAGGAUGCAUUCGAAUGAGCGAAUGCAGGAAUGAAAGAAUACGUUACAGAACAAUUCGCGCUGUUGUUGAGGCGAAUGUGGCAACCCUCAAACAUGGCGAUGGGCUAUGGGCUGCUGCUGUGUGUGUGCUCGCAAGCAUCUAGCAUGUACGAUACGGCAUGCCUGGAGGGGUAGAUGGAUGAAUUGGCGGAGUUCGGUCUGAUGGUUGGGUGGUACGGUGGACUCGCCCCGCCCACGAAGGGUGCAGAUCUCCCAGAUUCUUACUUACUCCUGACGAAGCCGGGCUAUAGAUAGAUGGUGUGUAGAACCGAGAACACUGCUUGGCUUCGCAAGGUAGCCGGGAAGGUGUGUGAGAUCACUAUAAUGAGGGUGUCUGUGGGACUGUCUGUGGUUGCCGUCAUGUAUGCUGCCGUGGCACUGCCCGCCGCUGGAGUCAAUGCAAUCUGGUGCGCAGUGGCUCUUGCUGGCCAAGCGGAUCUCUCUCACGACAGUUGCAACCCCCGCAUGCUGCCUUCUUGCAGCAACAUAGCAACUUGCAACACUGCGAGUAGAACCUCGAACCG